UUUUUCUUCUUCUUCUUCUUCUUCUUCUUCUUUUUUUUUUUUUUUACAGUGUGUGCUAGCAAAACAAGUAGACUUGGACGAGGUUUCAGCUUCUUAGCUGUCUUUGCUGGAUUGAUAACAACUUCAGCCCACUUGCCAACUGCAUGCAACUUCUCUCUUGACAGUGCAGUGAAGGUUGAGUGAAAAAUGGCUCGAGAGAGAGCAAAGAAUUACGCCAAACGCAGGAAAUCCAAAGAUUCACCCAGGAAGUUAGCAAACAAAUUAAGGGCUCGAGUGAACAUUGGAGAGGCGUUUGAAAAGUGGCGUGAACUGAAAACAGAACAGGGAUUGAAAUCUGACUCAGAAGUGGCCCUGUGUCUUCUGGAUGUAAUGAAGAGGUUGCCCACCAAUUCAACUCUUUCUGGAGCCAGUAACAAAAAGAUCAAAAUCUCCCAAUCUGAAGUACAGACACUGAUCGAGCAGGAGGUUCGCAGUGCAGUGGAAAAGAAUGAUACAAAGCUGCAGAAUUUAGCAGAGGCUAUUCAGCGGCUAAAUGGUGAAUUUGACUAUGAAACCGCCAUGAAAAAAUUGGAGGCCCGUGUUAAGAUGGUGACUAAGAGAGCAGAAGCCAUUCUUGCCAACAUAACAAAAACACAGAAAAAGACUCCACUGGCAUCUCAUGAUAAUGUGGACGUCAGGAGGACAUACUCUGAGGAUGAAACCAUGGAAGCCGUGUCACACAUAGACAAAAAGAGCACAGAUUGCAUAGACAUGAGCAGAGACGUCUUGCAGAUGAUGGAAACUACUAAAGGGGCACUAAAGAAGAUGCGUGCAGAUAAAGAUGCUUUGACGAGUGCUAUAGCAGAUUUAAGUGACGAGCUGCCUCUUCCACUUCCUCCUCAUGCCUCUUCUGAGUUUACGGGACGUCACAGGCGCAUAAAGAAAGAGCCAGAUGAUUUUAAGGAGUUCAACCAGCUGAAGGAGCCGAAAUCAGUUCGUGUGAAACAGGAAUGCUUCUCUCAUGAUGAUAGUUACAGUUUCAAGCAAACAGGCCUAAAGCAGAGUCCACUGCCAUCUCAUGUUACUGUGACCAUUGAAAGGACACACUCUGAGGAUGAAACCAUGGAGACCAUGUCACACAUUGGCACAGAUUGCGCGGACAUGAACAAAGACGUGUUUCAGGAAAAUGAAAACAAGUUUGAGGAGUUCAUGAAGUUAAAGGAGCCCAAGUGUGAGGGUUUGAAACAGGAAUGCGUCUCUCCUGGCGAUGGUAACUGUUCCCAGCACACCGACUCAGAGCAGGAAGAGGAUGAGGUCUCCUAUCCUCCUCUUCCCACUCCCACUUUUCCCUCCGUCAUGAGCAUAGAGGCUGCCUCGUACAACAUGCCAAAGAGACUACUAGUACACCUGGCUCUCAUCAAGCAACCUGCUGGCCUUUCUGUGCUCUGGAACGUGGAGGAGGAGGACCUUUCAGAUCCACCCAUGGAUAGUUACAGCAUCUACAUAACCAUGGAAAAAGUUAAGGGUUGCGGCAUCUUCACAAAUUGGAAAACCCUUGAUGAGGUGAGGGCCAGCCCUCUGCCCAUGUAUGCAUGGAUCCCCAAGUACAAGCCUGGGUACAAGAUGUGUGUUGCUGUUGUGGGCAAAGACAAGUUUGGCCGGUAUGGACCCUAUAGUAAAGUUGUAACUGCAGUCAUACCUGAAUAACUGGGAGGAGGAUAUGGGAAGCAACUACUGCCUCAAUAAGAACUGUUUUCAAGUGCUCCAUAUAUUACAAAAGAAGCAUAUACGCUUGAAGCUUUUCAUCUUUUCAUCUUUUCUUUUCAAUUUGUUUGUUGGUCUUCCACUUGGGCGGAAGUAUUUAUAGUAUGUGUUUAUCCUGCGUUGAGAGAGGACACACACAUCACACACGCAGAUUUCAACCUUCAAUAAUUGCGGUUUAAGCCAUAUAACAGCAGGUCAAUGUGAGUUAUUUCAAUUUGUAAAAAAAGAGUUGACAGUUUUCUAUAUGUUUUUUUGAAUAAUGGAAUAAAUUUGAUAUUAAAAUCUUACAGUAAGACACUUCAAUUGUUGUGCGUGCCCA